AUGACCUCGAACAACCAAGACAAAGUCAUCCUCAUCACCGGUACUUCUCAAGGUAUUGGCGAGGGGAUCGCCAAACACUAUCUCAAACAAGGCUGGACCGUCGUCGCUGCCAUUCGUAGCCCCGAAAAGGGUCUCAAUCUCGAAGGCAACGUCAUCACAGUCAAGGCUGAUCAAUCUUCUCUGACCGACUUCCAGAAUGUCAUCGAGGAGCUCAAGACUAGACACAACAUAACCCACUUUGACAUCGUCGUCGCCAACUCUGGUACCGCAGGUUCUGGCGCCCUCCUCACCAAAGCCUCCCCCACCGAGUUCGACUAUGUUUACCAAGUCAAUACCCGUGGACCUCUCGUGCUCUACCAAGCUACUAGGCCACUGUUGAAGGACAAUGGGACCUUUGUGGUCAUCUCUAGUCUUGCUGGGUCAUUGCAGAGGACUUUCUUCUGGGAGCAUAUCGGUUUGUAUGGAGCUAGCAAAGCGGCAGUCAACUACCUCGCUCGUACAAUCCACUACGAGGAGCCCACUCUCAAAGCAUUCACUAUCCAUCCUGGUGUAGUCAACACCAAGAUGGCCCGCGAGUCCUGGGACGACUUUGGCAAACCUCCUUUCGAGCCAGAGACUGUUGAUGAUGUUGUCCCUGGUAUCGUCACAUUGAUCGACACCAGCACCAAGGAAGAGACUUCCGGGUGGAUGUGGAACAAUGACGGCUCCAAAGCGGACUUUUGA